AUGGGAUAUGAGAGCGGUGAAACAAAGCAGACGAAGAAGGGAAGAAAACUGGAAAGAUUGCUUUCCACGUCAAGCUUGCUGUUGUCUGUUCUUUGCUGUAUCGCUAUAAUUCACGUGGAACUCAGAACACAAGAACAUCAUCGAUUGAUAUCACACUCUACCUCUGGAACAUUCCGAGACGAAAUGGAAACAGAAAUCCUUCGAAAAGUUCAGCUGGAGUACGGAAGAUGGCGAGAAGCCAUAGUCAGCCAUUUGGAAGGUGAAUGGCAGAAGACAAGAGGUGAGUUGUGUUACUUUUUGUAUUCUUGACUUUUAGUGUUACCAUAAGUAUAUCAGCGCGGGAUGUCACGCCCGGAGGCUUGAUUUAUAAGUUGCUUUUCGCAAGUAUUUGAAUUUUUAAUGCUACCUUGCAGACAACAAGUACAUCCAGUUCAGAUCUCCAAUAUACCGUAAAGUUCCGGAAGUAACGACCCUCGUUACUCAGUUCGAAUUUAGUAGACUUUUUCUAUCGCUACUUUCGAAGGGUCGCUUCUUUCAGGAGGUCGCUACUUUCGGGUAGCUAAAACGUGUAUCGUACAUGGGCCGUACGAAGUUACGACAACACAGGAUAAAUCUCUUGUUAAUUGGUUACGAUUAUAGUAAUAUCGCGACAAUUGUGAAAAUAUCCACACUCUUUAUUUGGAGAAACGUAUUUCAUGUUAUUGUUUUUUUAAAUAAAUGUUUAAAAGAAUUGUUUGAUUACGGUGUGGGUAUACAAAGACGAAAGGAAGUCUUUUUGAAAAAAAAAAAAAAAGAUGUUAUGCCCUAUUUGAGUUACAUGAAGGAGUGUCAAAGAUCAUUAUAACCUUAAAAACAUAAAUCGCGGAUUAGUUUCGUAACGGCUUAUUUUAACUAUAAUUUCCGUUAAUUCUAGUAAGGAGGGAAAUCACUUUUGAAGUCGCUACUUUCGGAGGGUCGCUAGUUUCGGGAGGUCGUUACUUUGGGAGCUUUACGGUAAUGCUCUUAUGAAUACUGUUUCCAGGCAAGUGGACAUAGAAAUCAGAAGAAAACAUAAAUAACACGUGGUCCGUAUUAAUACCUUGAUCGACUUCGACCCCGGGGGUACUCCCUUAUAUGGCCUAUACAGGGAUGUGCCGCUUGACAGGGUAUGGUUUUUGACCUCACUGUCCUAAACAGGGUAUAUAAUUUCGAGCAAGUCUCUCCCAAAGAGGGUGUGUAUUUUAGGAUUUUCUUGUCCUAAACGGGGUCAGGGUUUCAAAUCAUCAGCGGUUCACCUUUUCCCAAAUACAGGUCCACUAUCCCCUCCGGGACUUCGACAGCGUGCAAACUAAUUUGUAAGAAAUUUUGAUUUUUAUAUUUAUGGGUAAUUCAUGCAGGGCUGAACGUUUGAUCUGAAGGACUCUUUUAUAUCAUCAGGUGCGUAAUGUUUACACUUGAGUUUCUCAACUUAUGUUCCAGGUCAAAGAGAAGACGUUUCAAGACAAAGGCGGGCAUCAGUGAGCAACGCACAAAAUAAAUCGACUCAAACAUCGACUGAAGUAAAAUUGCUUGUCAAAGAAGAACUUCGUUUGCUGCAAAACCAAAUCUGUGCUAAAGAUGAAAAGCUCUGCCGCUCAGGACCAAAAGGGAGCAGAGGACGACGGGGAAGACCUGGAACCCGAGGGAGACCAGGUCCCCCAGGGAAACCCGGUCCAAGAGGACCUCCUGGUAAACGUGGAUCAGUAGGACCUCAAGGACCAAUAGGCGUAAAAGGGGAUCUCGGAGUUCCGGGUGUUCCUGGUCCGACAGGACCCAGAGGCCCGCCAGGUGAGAAGGGCGUUAAAGGGGAUCUCGGAGUUCCGGGUGUUCGUGGUCCCGUGGGGCCUCGAGGCCCGCUAGGUGAAGAAGGCACAAAAGGUGAACCUGGCCAGUCCAUCCGGGCUCCAUCUCUGCUGCAGCGUCCUGUUGAAACCACAGUCAAUGAAAGUCAGACAGCAAUUUUCAAAUGUACAGCUGACGGUAAUCCAACGCCACAAGUCACAUGGUCAAAGAUGAAUUCUUCGCUACCAGUGGGACGUCACGUGCUAGAGUCUAGUGGUGCUCUGGUUGUGAAGGACGUUAUACCUGGGGACGAGGGUUUGUACAACUGUCGAGCUGAGAAUUUGCUGGGAAGUGUCAACCAUUCAGCAAAACUGAUUGUUCAGUGUGAGCUGCCUUAUUUGAGUUGUCAUAAUUCUGUAACGAUUUAGGUCCUUCCUUUGCAGAAAUUGUAUAAAUUUUAGGUGGGAUAUCGAGAAGGUAGUUUAAUUUGUUUAAAGAGACAAAAACGGUUUCAUCUACUUAGAGAGGUCAGUAGUUGAAUAUGUAAAAGUUGUGUAGAACUUCCGGCGGUUGGUUCGUGUCUCUUCGCUUCAUAUAUUUAGCAACAAUUUAUAUUGUAGUCCCAUGAUAUGAGAAAAUUCAAUUUCAAUUUUAUCUGCUUAAACAACGCUCUUCAGUAACCUACAAAACGGAUUUUUGUACAAUUUUAGAUAGAUCACUACAACUAGCUAUUUUACACACUUAAAAAGACAGUAGAUUUCAAGUGGAUCUUUGGUUUGAGAAUUAAACAUUUUCUAUGGCAAUAAAAGCUUUGUUUCCUUUUUUGAAAUUACCUUUCUUUUCUUCUUUUCUUUUGUUUUAUCCAGUUCAUCCUCGAGUAUUUUGGGUAUCUAGUCGACUUAUUGCAGAAGACGGGCAAAACGUAACAAUCUUCUGCAACGCUUCUGGUCGGCCGCAGCCUAAGGUCACGUGGCUAAAAGCCGUUGGAACUUUUCAGAAAGGAAGAACCGCCGUGGUAAAAGGAGCCUUGACAAUUUACAAAGUGACGAAGAACGAUGGUGGAACAUACAUUUGCAAGGCUGAAAAUAUGCUGGGGUCAGUAUCAGUCGCGGCUCUACUUGUGAUAUUCUCCCCUUUGCGCUUUAAAGUCCGUCCUCCUCAAGAAGUGUCUUCUGCUAGGUUUGGUUCAACUCUACGGUUGCCUUGUGCAGCCGAGAGUGAUUUGAGGCCGAGAAUUACUUGGACAAGGGAUGGCAAGUUUUCACUUCCUGGGGAAUUUUUCGUUUUACAGAAUGGAACACUUGUAAUUCAAAACAUUAAGAAAUCUCACCAAGGAUUUUACACCUGUAGAGCGACUAAUGCAGUAAAAACAAUAGAAGCUAAAGUCAAAAUCAAUUCCCCAGUUACAGCUGCUUCCUGUUCUGCUAUAAGAAAAUACGUUAGCGUAAGCGGAAAUUACGUUAUUGAUCCAGAUGGUGAGGGAGGCCAGGCUUCAUUUUCUGUUUAUUGCGACAUGACCGAUAAGAAUGGAGUUGGCGUGACAGUCAUCAGUCACGACAGUGAGAGCAGGACAUUUGUCGUGAGCCACAACCGUCUGCGUGAUAUUCAUUACACAGGAGCGAGUCUUUCUCAGUUGGCGAGUCUCACCAGAAUCUCUUCUCAAUGUGAACAGUUCAUCAAGUAUGAGUGUUCCGGGUCCCAUUUGAGAGGCUCGUGGUGGUUGUCACGUGAUUCUAAAAGACUGUCAUACUGGGGCGGAGCAUCACCUGGCAGUGGAAAGUGUGCAUGCGGGAUGACCAACUCAUGUGCCAACACCGGAGAUCGUUGUAACUGUGAUAAGGAUGACUGGGUAUGGCGUGAAGACAGUGGUCUCCUGACUGACAAGACAACGCUUCCAGUAAAACAGCUCUAUUUUCCGGAUGUUGGUGGCCGCGAAAAAGGUUAUCAUACUUUGGGAAAAUUGAAAUGCUAUGGCACAGCGUGAACAUAUUUCAUCCUUUACCUUUAGACUGCGUCCCAAAUUGAUUUGAAUACUAAAUUACAUGAUCUUAUAUUUGAGAAAUAGAAUUAAGGUGACUUGAUCCAGUAUUUUUGUAGGUACACCUUUCAUCUUUGCGCCUCUUACACCUAAACAGCGCUCUUGAUUGUUAUUAUAAAUCCUUCACAACUCAUGAUUAUGCAAUCCAUAGAAUUUAAAAAUGAUAUUCAUUUUUCGAGAUCGGGAUCAUUAUUGCGUGAAAAUCAUGACAUCACAAUUGUUUUAGCUGUAAGUAACUCUUUUGCACUCUCUAGCCUUGGUUGUAACUGUGAUAAAGAUGACGGUGUAUGGCGUGAAGACAGCGAUCUCCUGACUGACAAGACAACGCUUUCUGUAAAACGUAACAGCUCUAUUUUGGGGAUGUUGUUGGGACUGAAGAAUGCUGCCAUACAUGGCACAGCGUUAACGUAUUUUAGCCUUAAUCGUUAGAGUGCUUCACAAAAUAAUUUGAAUGGGACAUCACAUGACCUCAAGUGUGUGUAAUGAAACUGUUCGCUGGAAAAUUGUUUUAGAAUUUUAAUAAUUUAAAAAUUUUCCAGUGAUUGGAAAUUUUGCGUCAUUACGGGUACUAUUCGUGUACGAGUUUAUCAAUUCUCUCUUCUUCUUAAAGCUAAGUUCAGGCAUAUUUUUCUACCUAAUUAAUCGGCAAAAUCACUUUAUGUUGUCCGUAGUACUUAUGCUUGCUCGCAGGCCAAAAAUUAGUAUAGGUAAUAGCAUGAUUUGUAGUGAUAUUUGGCAUAAAUACCACGAGUGAUAUUUCAAAAUUGUUAUACGUAAUUUCACGAGCCGAUAGGUGAGUGAAAUUUGAGACAACUUUGAAAUAUCACGAGUGGUAUUUAUGCCAAAUAUCACAUACAAAUCAUGCUAUUAUUUGUUUAUACUACGACCCGCAAAAGGUUUGUAAUUUUCACAUGUAGGUAUUUCAAAUUAAGCUGAAAUACCACUGCUCUAAGCCAAUCAAAUUGUAGAAAUUUCUCAUGUAGUAGUAUAAUACUCGAAAUUAAAGUGUGAUUGGUUCGUAGUUGUGAAAUUCUUGACGCCUCUCUUCACCGUCUGUCCUGUCAAUCAAUCUUAGGUUUACAGAUCUAGACUAAAAAGACUUUUGGCAUUUUAUGGUUAUGUUCAUAGGCGUACGGACAAUUUUUUACCGGGGGGCGGGUGGUGAACUGUUUGCCAAAAAAAUCUUGCAAGUUGCCCAAAUUUAGGAAACAGUCGAAAAGGAACGAGGGUUACACAAUGCACUAACAUAGGCCUAUAGAUAUUUAUAAUACGAUCCAUGACACAACUGGUGGCAUUCUGACAAGUUGUUGUUCCAUGGUGUUGAGGAAGUUUUUUUUUUAAUCUGCGCAACGCACUGAAUGGAAGGCUUCUUUCCCCCUCCCUUCCUUGCCUUUUCUUCUUCCUUGCUCUCCCACCCUAUUAGAAAUUAAAAAAAAAUUUUCACUGGAGAAAAAAGCAGCUCCCACGGUGCUUUUUGUAAACAUUGGUCAGUGGUUCUUAUUCACACGUUGGCAACUGUAAAUGUACCUUUUCCCUCUAUUUUAGUAAAAGGUGUAUCCGCCUACCUCAAUAGCGCUCUUAUUUAUCUCUUGCCUAGAUCCCUUCUUUGUCUGUAGGCUUGGAAAUGGAAGAUGUCCCUUCCGCCUAACCGUUGUAGAAUUAGGUACGAGAUUGUUUAUAAAAAAAGCGCAGCGUGCGUCGUUACCAUGUCUUACCGUGUUAUAGAAUGAUAACCCUUAUCUUGACUGAAAAUCAAAGGGAAUUUAUCCGUCAAUUUGUCUUAGUUUUCAUUCUUGACUCGAAACAACAGAUAUGGAGUUCUUGGACGAGCUAACGGAAGGACUGGAUCGAGUAUUAAUGGUGCGAGGAGGGGGGCGGGAAGUCAUAACAUUUUACUUAUGGGGUCAUCUAAGUCUUCUUUGGUUCGAGAAAGGUCACCAUUUGAGAAAUUGUUUUCGCCGUUUAUCAGGAUGCAAUCUGGUGCAUUUUGAGAAACAAUUCUGAGAAAUGUUACAGUGCUUGCACUGACCUCGUCGCGUCUGGGUGAUUUUCCGAUAUAGUUACUUUUAGUAUUUACCAAGCACUUUUCGCGCGUUUUGAUUGGCUCUCUUAACUCGGGAUAUCCUUGGCUAUCGGCACUGUUUUGCGAUCGGAGCCAAGAUGGCGUCUCCCUUCGAGACAUUUUCGAAAGACGAAAUUUGAGCGAUAAAUGAAGCAGUCGCACAAACAAAUACCAAGAAGGCGAUAUUUUUUAAACUCAGUUGGCUUGUCGGUGUUUGCUGGUAGGUAGAAAAUUAUUUUUUUGACCUCACUGUCCUAAACAGGGUAUAUAAUUUCGAGCAAGUCUCUCCCAAAGAGGGUGUGUAUUUUAGGAUUUUCUUGUCCUAAACGGGGUCAGGGUUUCAAAUCAUCAGCGGUUCACCUUUUCCCAAAUACAGGUCCACUAUCCCCUCCGGGACUUCGACAGCGUGCAAACUAAUUUGUAAGAAAUUUUGAUUUUUAUAUUUAUGGGUAAUUCAUGCAGGGCUGAACGUUUGAUCUGAAGGACUCUUUUAUAUCAUCAGGUGCGUAAUGUUUACACUUGAGUUUCUCAACUUAUGUUCCAGGUCAAAGAGAAGACGUUUCAAGACAAAGGCGGGCAUCAGUGAGCAACGCACAAAAUAAAUCGACUCAAACAUCGACUGAAGUAAAAUUGCUUGUCAAAGAAGAACUUCGUUUGCUGCAAAACCAAAUCUGUGCUAAAGAUGAAAAGCUCUGCCGCUCAGGACCAAAAGGGAGCAGAGGACGACGGGGAAGACCUGGAACCCGAGGGAGACCAGGUCCCCCAGGGAAACCCGGUCCAAGAGGACCUCCUGGUAAACGUGGAUCAGUAGGACCUCAAGGACCAAUAGGCGUAAAAGGGGAUCUCGGAGUUCCGGGUGUUCCUGGUCCGACAGGACCCAGAGGCCCGCCAGGUGAGAAGGGCGUUAAAGGGGAUCUCGGAGUUCCGGGUGUUCGUGGUCCCGUGGGGCCUCGAGGCCCGCUAGGUGAAGAAGGCACAAAAGGUGAACCUGGCCAGUCCAUCCGGGCUCCAUCUCUGCUGCAGCGUCCUGUUGAAACCACAGUCAAUGAAAGUCAGACAGCAAUUUUCAAAUGUACAGCUGACGGUAAUCCAACGCCACAAGUCACAUGGUCAAAGAUGAAUUCUUCGCUACCAGUGGGACGUCACGUGCUAGAGUCUAGUGGUGCUCUGGUUGUGAAGGACGUUAUACCUGGGGACGAGGGUUUGUACAACUGUCGAGCUGAGAAUUUGCUGGGAAGUGUCAACCAUUCAGCAAAACUGAUUGUUCAGUGUGAGCUGCCUUAUUUGAGUUGUCAUAAUUCUGUAACGAUUUAGGUCCUUCCUUUGCAGAAAUUGUAUAAAUUUUAGGUGGGAUAUCGAGAAGGUAGUUUAAUUUGUUUAAAGAGACAAAAACGGUUUCAUCUACUUAGAGAGGUCAGUAGUUGAAUAUGUAAAAGUUGUGUAGAACUUCCGGCGGUUGGUUCGUGUCUCUUCGCUUCAUAUAUUUAGCAACAAUUUAUAUUGUAGUCCCAUGAUAUGAGAAAAUUCAAUUUCAAUUUUAUCUGCUUAAACAACGCUCUUCAGUAACCUACAAAACGGAUUUUUGUACAAUUUUAGAUAGAUCACUACAACUAGCUAUUUUACACACUUAAAAAGACAGUAGAUUUCAAGUGGAUCUUUGGUUUGAGAAUUAAACAUUUUCUAUGGCAAUAAAAGCUUUGUUUCCUUUUUUGAAAUUACCUUUCUUUUCUUCUUUUCUUUUGUUUUAUCCAGUUCAUCCUCGAGUAUUUUGGGUAUCUAGUCGACUUAUUGCAGAAGACGGGCAAAACGUAACAAUCUUCUGCAACGCUUCUGGUCGGCCGCAGCCUAAGGUCACGUGGCUAAAAGCCGUUGGAACUUUUCAGAAAGGAAGAACCGCCGUGGUAAAAGGAGCCUUGACAAUUUACAAAGUGACGAAGAACGAUGGUGGAACAUACAUUUGCAAGGCUGAAAAUAUGCUGGGGUCAGUAUCAGUCGCGGCUCUACUUGUGAUAUUCUCCCCUUUGCGCUUUAAAGUCCGUCCUCCUCAAGAAGUGUCUUCUGCUAGGUUUGGUUCAACUCUACGGUUGCCUUGUGCAGCCGAGAGUGAUUUGAGGCCGAGAAUUACUUGGACAAGGGAUGGCAAGUUUUCACUUCCUGGGGAAUUUUUCGUUUUACAGAAUGGAACACUUGUAAUUCAAAACAUUAAGAAAUCUCACCAAGGAUUUUACACCUGUAGAGCGACUAAUGCAGUAAAAACAAUAGAAGCUAAAGUCAAAAUCAAUUCCCCAGUUACAGCUGCUUCCUGUUCUGCUAUAAGAAAAUACGUUAGCGUAAGCGGAAAUUACGUUAUUGAUCCAGAUGGUGAGGGAGGCCAGGCUUCAUUUUCUGUUUAUUGCGACAUGACCGAUAAGAAUGGAGUUGGCGUGACAGUCAUCAGUCACGACAGUGAGAGCAGGACAUUUGUCGUGAGCCACAACCGUCUGCGUGAUAUUCAUUACACAGGAGCGAGUCUUUCUCAGUUGGCGAGUCUCACCAGAAUCUCUUCUCAAUGUGAACAGUUCAUCAAGUAUGAGUGUUCCGGGUCCCAUUUGAGAGGCUCGUGGUGGUUGUCACGUGAUUCUAAAAGACUGUCAUACUGGGGCGGAGCAUCACCUGGCAGUGGAAAGUGUGCAUGCGGGAUGACCAACUCAUGUGCCAACACCGGAGAUCGUUGUAACUGUGAUAAGGAUGACUGGGUAUGGCGUGAAGACAGUGGUCUCCUGACUGACAAGACAACGCUUCCAGUAAAACAGCUCUAUUUUCCGGAUGUUGGUGGCCGCGAAAAAGGUUAUCAUACUUUGGGAAAAUUGAAAUGCUAUGGCACAGCGUGA